UCUCUCUCUCUCUCUCUCUCGCUCUCCUUCUCCCAACCCUUUUGUUACUUCCAUGUGCCCAUGCUCGGGUCUCUCCCCUCCUCCUCUCUCAUCAUUACGCAUUCAGUCUCACUCAGCGCUCUGUUCAAGCGCAGCACAUUGCGCUCCAGACGCUCCACGCACCCGAGUGCGCAAGACCGCUGGUGUUUAGGAUAGGCUAAAAUAGUAGACAAAACACAGUAGUGUUUAUUGCAAUGCCACACUUGGAACGAUAGAAAUCUACAUAUAUAUUCAAACAUUUGCAUACUUCAAAGCCUGCAUAAACCAACCGUGGCGCUCAAGUAUCUUCAAACAUGAGCAUCAUCUCGGAUGGCGGUGAUGUACUUGAUGGAGAUAUGCGUGCUGACACUUCAUGACAAAAGAUACCCAACUCUAUUUUUCAGCGUCCGAUCAGCCGUGGCAAAGAAGAGGAGCGAAGAGCGCAGGAUGAAAAGCACUGGCUUACUACUGGGUUACUUUUUAAUGAAAGUUCUUGUGUGCGACGCGGAAGGAGAACCUGGGAAAAACCUGGAUGGUUUGGUGACGACGUCGGGGUCCAACGACUCCAGAGACGGGGAGAACAGUCUCUCUGAGACCCCUCACACGGAGGACAGGUGUCGGGGCUAUUAUGAUGUGAUGGGUCAGUGGGAUCCUCCGUUCGUGUGCCGGACCGGUAGCUACCUGUACUGUUGCGGGACCUGUGGCUUCAGAUUCUGCUGCGAGUUUAAGAACUCCAGAUUAGAUCAGACCACCUGCAAAAACUACGACACCCCGCCGUGGUCCAUGACGGGCAGACCACCGCCGAAGAUGAUGGACCAACACGAUCCGACUAAGGAUAAAACCAAUUUGAUUGUGUAUAUCAUAUGCGGAGUAGUUGCUAUCAUGGCGCUGGUUGGGAUAUUCACCAAACUUGGCUUGGAAAAAGCGCAUCGACCUCACAGAGAGAACAUGUCGAGAGCGCUGGCCCAGGUGAUGCGCCAGACAGCUCCAGGAGAACAUGUGGAGAGAGAGGAGAGCUUGGCGGUGCAUGGACAACACUACGAAAACAUGCAGGCCAGAGCAACAGGAAACAACCUGCAGGGUGCCCAAAUAAACAGUGUGGGACCUGGCUCAUCUAUGAUGCAGGCUAUGACACAAUAUCCUGCCCUUGGACAAGUACCUGUAGCCCACCCCUAUGAACCAUCUCAACCUGGAAAGGAGCUCAACAAGUACGCUUCGCUCAAGGCUGUGGCUGAAAAAGCAAACGAAAACUUCUACACUAACAGACGACACCUAGCCGACCUGGCAGCGAAAGGCACUCUUCCCAUGCACUCGGUGAGUCUGGAGCAGGAGCCCACCAACCCUUACAGCCCCGAGCUGCCCUGCCAAAAGCAGAACGGACACAAGUCCAAAAGCACCAAGGUCCACAGCUCCCACCCGCUAGCUUUUGGCUCGAACACCAUCGCCAACCCUGGCAUGCUGAAGGGCUGGGAGACCACAGAAACGCUGGGCCGCCGGCACACAUACGCCCCCAAGAAGCACAGCGCCACCGUGGAGCAAGUGAACGAGCUGACAUCUGCCCACAGCCAGCACUACCUGCCGCCACAUCCGUACUUUGUCACCAACAGCAAGACUGAAGUGACCGUGUGAACGGGGCCGCAACGCCGGGUUUAUCGAGCCCAGGCCUGAGUGGAUGCGUGGAUCAGCGAACGGGGAUAAUAAAGGAAGCCUGAUGGAGGAAGACGUGUGGAUUAGGAUCCCGUCCUGCUGGAAGGAUUGACCGAGCGAGCGGUCUGGCUCGAGAUCUGCAUGGCUGUAUGUGUGCUGUUUGUCUUUGAGCGGCUGUGCAUGGUACAGGCGUGCAUUGGCAACAUUUGAACAGGAAAACGUGGAACUCUUUCUGUGUCCUUUCCGUCACAAACGAAUAAUCUGACCUGUAGUGAUGAGUUUGUCACAAGGCCACCCGUCAAAGUGAUGAGGACACAUUCAAACCCUAAACAAUCAAACUUACUACUGCAGAUGAUGUUUCGCAGCAACCUGAAAGCUUGUGAGAAAGUCGCUUAAGAAACACUAUCCUGUUUUUCUCAGAAUCUUGUACAUAACAGAAUGGACGAAAUAUGUCCAAGGCUUCCUCGGAUAAUCAAAGAACAUCUAUCUGGAAGAUAAAAAAUGAUGUGAGGACAAUCGUGUCUCAAGUUCUUCUCAUCUCACACUCGAGAUUUCCAGAGCGUGUGCACCAAAAACCUGUAGCAACGUAACACGCUAUAUCCUGACAAACUCUGGGCUUGUGCCUUUCCAACAGAAGAACUCAUUAUCUAAGAGCUCUUGUGCUUUUCAGCGAGCACAUGGGUGUUUCUUCAAUAACAAAGAUGCAUAAAAUAUAAACAAAUCUAUUGUUUACGGCUGUCAUACUUCAGUAGAAAAUGUUGAUUGUCAGUGUUCUUAAAUACACAUUUCCCUUCUGUUUCGCCAUUUUUCUUUGAUGUGUUCACUUAUUGUAUGGCCCUAUCUUUUAGUGCAACUGUAGACUGUAGACAAAGGAAGUACUGUAGGGUUAAUGAUAGACAUUCAUUAUUUUUCAAUGUUAGGUAUGAUAAAAAUGAAUGGUUCAUUCUGAUACCGAACAAGAUUGUUACAACACUGCCAUUGUUGCGUACCGAGUAUUUUUGGUAUUGAAAACUGAUUCAGUAGUUUCUUUUGUCUUUAGCAUCAUGAUGUGAACCAUUUCAAUUAGCAUAAGGGCAAAAGGCUGCAUUCAAUUUCGAAACCUGAGUGUUUUGUCAUCCACAUCCAAAUUAUCCCAAGUAUCUGGCUGUGAAUAAUGUGGGUCACAUAAACUUUAAUUGCUGUGAAACAAGUGGCUUUAUCUCAGUACACUUAAAAUGUUUUUGACCUAAAUCAUUUACUCACCUAAACCGAGAUGGCAAAUUAGCAGGCUAACUCAUAGUGAAAAUAAAAAGACAUUUGCAUAUUUAGUAGUACAGCUUUCUGCAGUGUCACACAUUUUUAUUUCGCAAGUAGCAAACUCAUUCUCAGUAUUUACAAUAUAUAGUAGAUGUAAGGGGUGAUCGCACUGGAUUUUGUGUUUGUAUUCUGCUGUUUUUAAGUUUGGUGAACUCAGGCUUGGAUAUCUGUAUAGUGAUGUUUGACCAUUAGAGGAUCUAAAUGUUACAGACUGACCUGCUGCAUACUUCACCUUUAAGGUAGUUCAACCAAAAAUAAAAAUCUGUUGAAAAUUUACUCACCCUAAGAGCAUCCAAAAUGUACAGUAAAUGAGUUUGUUUUUGGAGAAAUUUAGCAUUAUAUUUGGAUUCUCUGCAGUAAAUGGGUGCCGUCAGAGUCCAAACAGCUGAUAAAAACAUCACAAUAAUCCACAAGUAAUCAACACAACUCCAGUCUAUCCAUUAACAUCUUGUGAAAUGAAAAGCUACAAAUAUUGCUUUCUCCAGAAAUCAGGUGAGAAAUAUGCUCUGAUCAAGGACCGUUUUUAAGCGAUAAUAAGAUUUUGAUUUGAGAGGACAACAGCGGAUGGACUUUUUCACUGAAAGAAGCGUUAUUAUGGAUUAUGGACGUGUCUUUUAUCCAGAAGCGACAGUUUACAGUUAAAAUUGUUUAAUUAUGGACUUCACUUUCCAAGACAUUAAUUGAUUGACUGGAGUCUUGUAGCUUACUUGUGGAUUAUUGUGAUGUUUUUAUCAGCUGUUUGGACUCUAAUUCUGACGGCACCCAUUCACUGCAGAGGAUUCAUUAGUGAUCAAGUAAUGCAAUGCUACAUUUCUCCAAAUCUGUUCUGAUGAAGAAACAAACUCAUCAACUCAACUCAAACUCAUCUUAAAUUUAUGGACAAUAGUUUCUACCCUAAUACACUACACAAUGCAAUGUGUAAUUCAAAAUGUGGGUGAAACACCUAUAAAAACAAAUGAAUACAGAUCACAUUGGGCUUUAUAUUAACAGAUUUUUCUUAAAGCGAUAGGCUGCCACAGAUACGAUGGCAACUUUUCAGGACACAUAUCCAAGUGAUAUCUGUCAGCUAGUGACAUUUUAGGUGUGGUAUGUCUUUUACUGCACAAUUAAAUGUUUUAAAGCACAACAAGAAUGAAUUAUUACCCUUUAGUGAAGCCAUUUGUACAAAUACUGAAGUCGGCUACACAAAUCUCCUUUGCAAGUUAAAUAAUGCAUUUAAAACAUUGAAAAUUCCACAAAGUCUGGGGAAAUUCAGAUUUUUUAUUUAUUUUAUUUUAUUUUAUUUUUUUAUUCCAAACAGAAGCCCUAGAGUGUUCCAUCAUAUCCUUUUGCUCAUAUUCAUUUGCAGGCUUGAAAUAAUUCUUAAAAUCUAGUGUGACCACCCAAGCCACAUAUUAAUAAAACAUUUUAAGAUCUGCAGAUAAUAGAGUUGGAAUCAAAUCAUAUUGUAUGUAAAUUUGGGGUUGAUUAUUUAUGAUGAGAAAUAAAAAUCUCUGUCAAGAUUUAACAACAUAGCAAUAUCAGUAUUGUGUCAAAUUUGGGCCUCUGCUGUUAUAAGAAUUCACUCUAAAGAAAGAAAAAAAAAAAAACACUCCUGGAAAAUAAUACAAGCCCUGCCUCCAGUUUAACUGCUUGUCUUUUUCAUACCAUUGAAUACUGUCUUUGUGCGUCACUGCCAAACAGCCUGCGACAAACCAAUACUUAAGACUGACAUAAUGGUCGCUGGUCUGUCAGUCACGGAGUCCACUCAGCAUCUAUUAAACCUGAGUGUCUCACUGCAGGUCACCUCAUGACUCAGAGCGCACUACAAGAUCACUCACCGGGGGGCACAUUUCUUGGAAUUAAAUCACAUAGUGAAUAUCUUUUCCUCUGAAAUCUCUGAACACUGCAGAAAUGGAUUAGCACAGAUAAUGUCAAGAUUCUCAGUGUAGCUAAAAAGACCUGCACAGCUGGAUUCCAGAGCUUUAGUCUGCAUAAUCUAACAUACGAAAUUGCCAUUGUGAUAUAGAUAUCAGGCAUGUGGGAAAUAAUCUAGGUUAACAAUUGGGAGAGAAUUCACUAAGAAUUAAUUGCGCACACUGAUUAGUUUAUUAGCAUUGUUUUAGCACCAAAUGUAAACAGAAUACAGCAGACUCAUUUGAUGAAUUACUGCUCCGUGAUUAAUCUAAAAUGUACACAGUGUCAACUUUGGCAGGCAAAAUUGCAGGAUUUUGUGAAUACGAAGCAGUCUGAUAAGCCUUAAGAUGCAGACACACUCUACAGUACUUCAUUCACACAUACGUGCAUUCACUUCCAUUCCUACGCAUGUAAAUAUGAGUGCAAAGCAAACAAAUGAGAAUAAGUGUUGCACAUCAGAUUUUGAUUUGGAGAAAAUUUCAUUUGACCUCUAAAUUUGCUUGACAAAAAAUGUUUGAUCAAUAGAAGAUUAAAUGUUACAAAUUGAUCUCCUGACUUAUAGUUUGCAGGAAAAUGUCAGGUAGUAUAUUUUAACACUUUGAAUGCAUUAUUUAUUUAUUUAUUUUUUUAAAUACAUAUAAUUAUUUUUUUUAAAACAAUUCAGAGUGACAUCAUAUCCUGUUGCUGAUAUGAAUUGCGGUGUCUGUAGCUUUCACAUGAUCAAACCUAAUGUGAAUGCAUUAUGAAUUGAAAAGAACACAGGCUUUAAAAAAAAAAAAUAUAUAUAUAUAUAUAUAUAUAUAUAUAAA